AUGCAAAUAGCAUUUGAUAAUGGCAUUAAUCAUUUUGAUACUGCUGAAGUUUAUUCUGGUGGUCAAUCCGAAAUUGAUAUGGGAUGCGCAAUAAAAAAGUUGGGUUGGAGUAGAUCCGGUUUCGUAAUAUCUACAAAAAUAUUCUGGGGUGGUAAAGGUCCUAAUGACCGUGGACUGUCAAGAAAACAUAUUGUAGAAGGGUUAAAUGCUUCUUUAAAAAGAUUAGGAUUAGAGUACGUUGAUAUUGUAUACGCGCAUAGACCAGACCCUGAUACUCCAAUGACGGAAAUAGUUCGCGCAUUUAACUUUGUAAUUGAUCAAGGAAAAGCAUUCUAUUGGGGAACUUCUGAAUGGCCUGUUCAUCUUAUUGUAGAAGCUCAUUGUGUAGCCAACAAACUCAGACUUAUUCCUCCACUGGUAAUCCUCUUUUCAGUUAAACGUGUAGAAAAAGAGUAUGUCCCUUUAUUUAAUAAUUAUAAGAUGGGUGCUGCAGUCUGGUCACCUCUUUCUGGGGGUGUCCUUACCGGAAAACAUAAUGAUCAUAUAGAUAAAGAUUCUCGUUUUGCAUUAGAAGAUAACACACAAAUGCAAAUGUUAAGAGAUGGUUGGUUAAGUCCAGAAGGUAAACUUAAAAUUGAAAAAGUGAAAAGGCUAAUGCCUAUUGCAGAGCGGAUUCAUGUUACUCCUGCCCAACUCGCACUUGCAUGGUGUAUGAAACAACCUAAUGUUAAUACCGUGAUUACUGGUGUAUCUAAACCUGAACAAAUGAUAGAAAAUCUUGAAGCCGUAAGGUUGACUUCAAAAUUAACACCGGAAAUCUUAAAAGAAAUUGAUGACAUAAUGGACAAUCGACCAAAACUUCAAUUUAGUUUCAGGGAUUGUUGA